GCUAACACAAUGGAACAUCCACCACACAUCAGAAUGGAGCUGGAGCCGCGGGUGGCCAUACUGCAGGAUCUGCGUCUACAGACCUUCGAUUCCAUACGAUUCGCCUCGUACAGGACGGCCUCGAAGCUGCGCUACAUACAAAAGUCUACAAAUCUGCACUUGGUGGACAUAUGGAACGUGAUCGAGGCAUUCCGCGAGAAUGGACUGAACACCCUGGAGCCCCAGAGCGAGGUCAGUGUGGCACGGCUGGAGACGCUCGUCUCGUCGCUGUAUCACAAUCUGAACAAACGUCUGCCCACCGCCCAGCAGGUGCCGGUGGACUCCAAGGCGGGUCUCUUGCUCAACUGGCUGCUGGCUGCAUAUACAAGUGAUAACUCGGGAAAGAUUCGUGUGUUCUCCAUCAAGGUGGCCCUGGCCACCAUGUGCUCCGGCAAGCUGGUGGACAAGCUUAGAUAUAUCUUUUCACAGAUUUCGGAUGGAGCCGGACAGCUGGUGGCCUGGAAGCUGGGGGAAUUCCUGCGUGAGGUGCUGGCCUUGCCGGCGGCUGUCUAUGAGUCGCCCACAUUCCACUACAAGGAGGGGCUCGAGGAGGAGAUCUUUCCGGCGGAGAAUAAGGUGACGGUGAACGAUUUUAUGGCAACACUUAUGUCCGAACCGGGACCCUCGUGCCUCGUGUGGCUGCCGCUGCUGCAUAGGCUGGCCACCGUGGAGACGAUUGUGCAUCCGACGAUCUGCUCUGUUUGCCACAAGGAAAACUUCACCGGAUUUCGUUACCGUUGUCAGCGGUGCCACGCCUACCAAUUGUGCCAGGAGUGCUUUUGGCACGGCAAGACAUCGCUGAAUCACCAAAACGAUCACGAGGUCAAGGAGUACUCGAGCUACAAGUCGCCCAGCAAACAGAUUGGUCACUCGCUGCGCAAGAGCUUCCGCUGUGUGCCCGAGAAGACGACGCAAGUGUUGCCACGGUUCCCGGACCAGCCCGAAAAGACCCUCAAUCUGUCGCACAUUGUGCCGCCCUCGCCCUUGCCCUCGCACAACGGUUUCAACGAUCCCACGCUGGCCCUCGCCGGCGCCCACCACGGCCACCUUCCGCCCGGCAUCUUCGACAGAUCCAGCACCCUCGACUCGCGGGCCACUGGCCGCAGCAUAGACAGCACCACCUGCACAGGUGGCGGCGGCACCACCAUCUCUCGGCUGGCCGCCGCCUCAGCCAACGAUGAGGAGCAUCGUCUGAUUGCCCGCUAUGCGGCACGUCUGGCCCAGGAGAAUCGAGCACCCUCGAAUAUGUCCGAGAGUGCCACGCCCAUUGGCACGGACAAUUCGCGUGCCCAGCGCGAGUUGAUCGCCCAGCUGGAGUCGAAGAACAAGGAGAUCAUGCGGGAGAUAGCACGCCUGCGUCGCCAGCAGGAGACCGAGCAGAUGGCCCCCGAGAAUCCGGCCCUGAUCAACGAGCUGCGUGCCCUGCGCCAGCGCAAGGGGGAGCUGGAGGGCCACUUGGGUGCAUUGCAGGACUCGCGCCGCCAGCUGAUGGAGCAGCUGGAGGGACUGAUGCGAAUGCUGAAGAAUCAACAGACUGCCUCGCCCCGGUCCACGCCCAACUCGAGUCCACGGUCGGGCAAGUCACCUCCCAUGCCGGGCGGUGGCGGAGCUGGCAUCCUUGGCACUUCGCCGAUGAGUGCCCUGCAUGCCCAGCAAAUGCAACAUCCCAUGGGUGGGCCCGGAGUGAGGGUCACCCAGCAGCAAAUGAUGCAGGCCCAGCAGCAGCAGCAACAGCAGAUGCAGCAGCAACAGCAGCAGGGACAUGGACCCUUCAGCCAGAGCCAGCUGGAGCAGCUCAAUCUGAUCAGCACCGAUAUGCGCAGCGCCUUUGCGGCCAAUGGCAGUGCAACGCCACCGCCAAUGCGCACCACCAGUCCCACCAAUGCCAGUCCCAGUCCAGCCGAUGCCGAGCUCAAUGAAGCCGCCGAUAAUAUAACCUCGGCCAUAACCCACAUGGUCAGCGACCUGAAUGCAGGACGGGCAACGGGACAUGGACAGACUGGAAGUUCCCUGCCCCAGGCUCGUUUCAUAAUGCCAUUGGAAUAUCGACACAUCGAGGGCGGCGAGUCCUCGGGCUCGAGUCAGUGCGAGUGCAACGAGUGCGACUGUCAGGUGUAUGAGGAGAUCUUCCGCACCGACGAGGAGUACGAGUGCCAAGGCGCUUCCGCCGUCGGGGCGCAGCCCGACGACACCGAUUCAGAUAUGGACGAUUCCCGUUUGUCGCCGGUACAUUUCGAUUAUACCUUUGGCCUCGGCGACGAGCAGUCGCAGGUGAAUCGCAUUCUGGGCUAUCGUAAUUAUCCCGAACUCUUCAUCGACGAUGACCAGGCGGGGUUCCCGGCCCUGCACGAGAUCGGCAAAUGCGAAUAGCCAAUGGCAGGAGCAGUUUGCACAAUGGAGUCUUAAUUCACAAAAUAACUAAUUCGUCUCAGUGGAUAAACGCCAGUAGCUGGAACAGUGGAGGUGAAGCUGCAGGAUUGGACUGGAACACACUGGAGUGGAGUGGAAUAUUUCGUACGCGGCAGAAGGCGACUCUCGCUUAGCUUUUUACCUUAACUCAUAUGUUGACUUAGAGCAAUUUAUUUAUUGAUUAUUUUAUGGAGUAGUCGUAGCCUACACUACCUUACUUAAUCCUUAAAAUUUAUACUUUUGCGAAGUGGUAUAAUACAGUACCAAACGAGUAUAUACACACACACAUACACACAUAUUUUUAUGCUUAGAUUUUAUGCAAACACACACACACACAGUAAAGAAGCAAUGAAUAAGACUCGCAGUUGCACUGCACUCUGAAUUCGCAAAUCUCUUGAAUCUCGUGGAAACUUUCGAUGAUCGUAGGAGCAUAAAUAGACCGAGAGUUUUUUUUAAACUUAGGUUUUUACGAUUUCGUAUUUGGCUUUUAGAUAUUUAAGCGCCUGCAUAAGCGGAUAUUUAUUACAAAAGAAAAAAUGAAAAUCAAACACGUAAUGCAAAUACAAAUACGAUAUAGACAUUUAAAAAUGUACUUAAUACUAGAUACUUGUUGAGAAAUCAAAAUCAAAUUCUAAGCGCCUGAUUCGUGGUAGGUCCAGAUCGGCAAUCCAAUCUAAUGAUUAUAAUAUAUACAAUACACUUUGAUAUACGGUAAAGCCAAUAACUAACUAAAAGAAAUUAAAUACCAAUCCAAUGUUGAGCACUAAAACGAAACUAGGAGGCGCAUGAACAACAUCGAUCCAAUUCGAUUUAAUUUAUAUUAUUAUCACAUAAUAUUCACUCAUACAAAUGUUAUACAAUAUAAUCAUAAAGGCAUAGAUCACGAGA